AUGUCGUCGUCAUCAGCAGCAGUAGAGCCUCCAGCAGGGGGUCGAUCUUCCCUGCCUCGUAUGGAGCCUAGACGGUAUAGUGCGGGAAGUAGUACUUAUUCGGGGGUGAAGGUCCUGAUAAAUGAUGAACAGUUGAGUUUGGGGAAACACUUCAUUGGUGGUUACCAUCCUUAUAUAGAACUGUGUUGGGAGGUCUUCAGUAGCGGAGCGAUGGACGAGUUGUUGAAGCUGUGCAUUGAGGGAAGCGCAAGCCGAAUACACGCGUUCUGUGUUGAGAAAAUCAAAGAGCUAGUGAGAGCUAUUGAAGAGCACGAUGCGGAGUUGGUACGGAGGCAAAGUGAACCAGAGGCGGCAGCCGAGGAAGAGGAAGAUGCUGGGGGAUUUGUUGAUGAGAUUAGUAGCAGUGGCUCUGAUGUGAAGGAAGAGCGUGGACACCGUAAUACUACUCUUGGUGAUGCUCGCCAACGCUCUGUAAGGCAAUACUCUCGGAGAAUAUGUGCAGACCGAAGCAUUCUUGAGGACGUCCUUUCGGAGUUCCUGGCCACUUUACUUUUCACGUGUCUAAACACGGAGGAGUACCAAAGGGCGAAGGAUGCCCGUGUGAAGGGUCCUCAGACUCCAGGAGACAUGCACAGGGAGGGUAGUCGGACGGCGGUGAACCAAAUGUAUCGUCAAUCUGGGACGGCUGCCCAGCAGCAGCAGGCACUCCCUGCUGUUGGAGAAGAUAUAGUAGAGCAGCCCGUAGGGGCGUCGUCGUCGUCGUCCCCUCUGAUGAACCUUCCCUUGUCAUCGGGUGGAGUUGUGAUGCCGAUAGUCGCUGGAGGGUUCUCGCCGACUGCAGCGAUACCGUCAGCGAAGAGCCAACAGAUGCAAUCAGCAGUACGGUGGAGUAUGGGGAAUAUUAGAUAUAGAAGUAGAUGUAUCGUGAGGGAGUGUCUGGAGUCGAACGAGCUCAGGUUGUCUUUAAUCAGUGAUAGUAAAUAUCUUCUUAUAAGACAGUUUAUACCAUGGAGAAUAAGAUUCCUCUUGGGGACGGAGACUAGUGGUUCGGCGAAGGCUUGGCGAGAGGUUCAGUAUACGAGGUUGGAAAGAGAAACCAUGUGGAGGGCAUUUGGGCAGCCGACUCAUUGGCUAACGCUGGAGUUCGCUGAUGACGCUUCUUUGGAAAAAGGUUUCCAGGUGCAUUUCGCGAAGAGAGCGGGAAGAUACCCCUAUUGGUACUUCUUCCUCACAGCGUGUCUCAUCAUUAUCUACUGCUGGGUGCAAUAUGAACUCCUUCGUUCCAAUUACCCGGGUGUCACUUUCGUUCGGCUCAUAAUGACCGAGCCAACCGCCUUGUUCUUCUUCGCAGCAAUCGUGAAGCUAUCGAUAGAAGUGAUAUUCCUGGUGGAUUCCAUGUGGUUUUGCGAGAAUUACUUUCCCAUACAGCUUGGCCUGGCCGCUCUCUCUGGCAGUGGUGUUCUUAUUUGGAUGUAUUACAGUCCCUUGAUUCUGAAGUACUUCACUUGGCCGCUCCAAGAAGCUCUCACCUAUAGCGUCCUCAUGGCCUUCACGAUUCUCCUCUUCAAACUGAGGUUCAUCCACAUGCUCUAUUUAAGCGUCUACCUCUUGGCAUUUCUCUUCUCGGUACGGUGGAUCGCCUUGGGCACAUAUCCGUUCGAGUUGUCUUCCUUAUUAAGGGAGCCUAUUAGGAGUGUAGCAUUUAUAGUAGCUCCUACGGCAAUAUUGGCGACGAUACGGUACAUGUUUGAACUGCUGGCGAGGAGGGACUAUGUUCUGUCGCUGACGCUUGCGACUGAGUCGGACCGCUCGGAACGAUUAUUGAUGAACGUUUUACCGGUAUCGAUAAUUCAACAGCUUAAAGAGAUUCAAGAUGAUCAAGUGAAGCAAUCUGGUGGGGAGGCUACUGAGGAAGACACUUCACUAACGCACCAAAUGGCUAUGGGUUUUGCUGAGGCUUAUGAGCACGUCUCGAUUCUGUUCUCUGAUGUUGUGGGAUUCACGAAGAUUGGUUCUAAUAUUGAGCCGGAAGAACUGGUACAGUUGCUAAACGAGUUGUUUACAAUGUUUGAUGAUAUUGCUGAGGAAUGUGGGUUGGAGAAGAUUAAGACUAUUGGUGACGCGUAUAUGGCGGCUGCUGGGUUGCCGAGAUACAACCCGAUGCACGCGCAUGCUACGGCGAGGAUGGGGCUUAUGAUGAUCGAGGAUCCUUCCAAGAUUGAGGACGGCAAUCUGGUCGAUCAGCUCGGACAUCCUCUACGAAUACGUGUUGGUAUUCACUCUGGUCACUGUGUGGCUGGGGUCAUAGGCCGGAAGAAAUUCAUUUACGAUGUUUGGGGAGACUGCGUUAAUACGGCGUCUAGAAUGGAGUCCCAUGGCACAGAGAUGCGAGUCCAUUGCUCGGAGGACACAGCCAACUUGGUCCGACACAGUUUCGACCUCACCUGUAGAGGAGUUAUGGAAGUGAAGGGCAAGGGACUGAUGACCACGUACUAUAUCAAUAAGGAGCGAAGAGCGAGCAGGAAGAGAGAUUAUAGAAAUGAGUAUGGAGGAACGAUGCAGCUGUCACAUGGGAUGGUGUCCGACGUUGAGGAAGAGAGUUCAGAUUCGUCAUACCACUCGUCUGCCUCAUCAUGUGAUGGAGAAGCGUGGAACGCCUAUGAGCCCUCCUGUAGAAGUGCUGAUGUGUCUUCCUUGAACACAGACGAAAUCGGGGCCGUUGGUAUGACAAGGAGGCGGCUCAGCUCGGUUCAAUCGGGGUACAGCCCGAGUAACGUUGAAACGAUUCCCCAGCGCAUCGCAAGGUUCUGAGCUUUUUCGUAGUCGGGUGCAGGGAUCGAACCUGGGCGUCCCCAUGAACGUUUAAAGUUGACUGAUUGCAGUAUAAUUUCAGUAUCAUAAUCUUAUCUGAUUUUCAUAUGCACAUUGUGACCUUGAUAAUUCUCAUAUCAUAUAUGUUUCAUUC